AUGGGUGGUCAUGUUAUAUUCAGCCAUUACGACUAUUUCGACGAGCUACUCGAUGCGGCAGUAGGAUCUGGCCCCGAGUACUGGAACGUUCAUCAGCGAGUCAGCUAUGUAUGGAUAAGAGAAAGGUGGGUGCCAUACCCCUUCCAGAACAAUCUCUACUGUCUACCACUCGAGGAUAAGAUUGAGUGCAUCAAUGGCGUUAUCGAAGCGACUAAGUUGUCCGCAUCGUCACAGCGAGAGAAGCCGACUACCUUUGAUGAAUGGAUACUUCGCGUGAUGGGUGAUGGAAUUGCCAACCUCUUCAUGCGGCCGUACAACUUCAAAGUAUGGGCUUAUCCUACCACGGAGAUGCAGUGCGACUGGCUUGGUGAACGUGUUGCGACAGUUGAUGCCAAAAAAGUGAUUGAGAAUGUCCUCCGCGAUGAACCUGCUGCUGGUUGGGGGCCAAACGCUGUUUUCCGAUUCCCCAAACACGGUGGUACCGGGGGUAUUUGGAAAGGAGUGGCUGCAUUAUUGCCGCAGGAGCGGAUACACUACGGAAAGGAGAUGAAGCAAAUCGAUUUGGACAAUCGAAUAGCGACUUUUCAUGAUGGUUCGACCAUUCGGUAUGGGAAGUUGCUCAGCACGGUUCCACUAGACCUCGUUUUAUCGAUGCUGACAGCCGAGAGUUUUGGGAAUACUUUGAAGCUUCGGAGUCGGCUUGAAUACUCAA